AUGCUGCCUCUCUUUCAGUUGCACUCCUUUCUGAGGAAGACUCAUUUCACUAAUCCUGUUGGAGAAAAAUUGAAUAUGAACCAGAGAGAAAACCUCCAGGCAGAGUAUGACAUUUUCCAGAUUUGGAAUUUCCCAAACGGAUUUGGACUCAAGCUGAAGAUAGGAGAGUUUAGUCCAUAUUCUCCACAUGGUCAACAACUCCAUUUAUAUGAAGAUGUGAUAGAGUGGGCCACAGGAAGUAGAGAGAUGCUGCCCUCUGUGUGCAGUGCUGACUGUGGUCCUGGAUUGAAGAAAUUCUUGCAGGAGGGAAUUGCAGCCUGCUGUUUUGAUUGCAUCCCCUGCCCAGAAAAUGAAGUUUCUAAUGAGACAAAUGUGGAUAAAUGUGUGAGGUGUCCAGAGGACCAGUAUGCCAACAGAGAGCAGAACCAGUGCAUUCACAAAGCUGUGAUCUUUCUGAACUACAAAGAUCCUUUGGGUAUGGCUCUUGCCUCAAUGGCCUUGUGCUUCACUGCAUUCACAAUCCUUGUUCUUGGGGUCUUUGUUAAGCACCAUGACACUCCCAUUGUGAAGGCCAAUAACCGAAACCUUAGUUAUAUAUUGCUCAUCUCACUCAUGUUUUGUUUCUUGUGCUCCUUUCUCUUUAUUGGCCAUCCCAACUCAGCUACCUGUGUCCUGCAACAAAUCACAUUUGGAGUUGUAUUCACUGUGGCUGUUUCCACUGUCUUGGCCAAAACAGUGACUGUGCUUUUGGCUUUCAUAGUCAUAGCCCCUGCAAGAAGGAUGAGGUUCUUCAUGAUUUCAAGGGCACCCAACUACAUCAUUGCCAUAUGUACCCUCAUCCAAAUUAUUCUCUGUGCAAUAUGGCUGCUAAUUUCUCCUCCCUUUAUUGACACUGAUACACACUCUGAGCAUGGCCAAAUCAUCAUUGUGUGCAACAAGGGCUCAGUUACUGCAUUCUACUGUGUGUUGUUAUACCAUGGCUCCCUUGCCUUAGGGAGCUUCAUUGUGGCUUUCUUGGCCAGGAAUCUCCCUGACACAUUCAAUGAAGCCAAGUUGCUGACCUUCAGCAUGCUGUUGUUCUGCAGUGUCUGGGUCACCUUUCUCCCUGUCUACCAUAGCACCAAGGGCAAGGUCAUGGUGGUGGUGGAGGUCUUCUCCAUUUUGUCCUCAAGUGCAGGUCUGCUGGGAUGCAUCUUUAUCCCCAAGUGCUACAUAAUUUUGUUAAGACCAGAGAGAAAUUCUCUUCAAAAUUUAAGGGAGAAAUCAUCUUACUGA